GAAUAUACAACAAGGUUCAACUUCCUGUUUAAAAAUGGCUGCGCCCUGACGAAUGUCACAUUACUUCAAAUGCUCGUUUUAAGCGUCACGUUUGGUGUAGAAUAAAACAACAGAACACCUGCAAGCACCUCUCAUUCGCACAUCACCCUAACAGGGUAAUUAAGCCGUCAUCAUGGUUCACCUAUCGUCGUCUCUGCUGAAGAAGUACCACAAGGGCUACAUCGUCAUCCGGCUGGCGCUCGCCGGCCACAAGCAGGCCAACCGGCCCUUCUACCGCGUGGUGGCGGCGUUCAACAAGCGGGCGCGCGACGGAAAAUACAUCGAGCAGCUGGGCUCCUACGACCCCCUGCCCAACGUGCACAACGAGAAGCUGGUCAGCUUCAACCUGGACCGCAUCAAGUACUGGAUGGGCUGCGGCGCACACCCUAGCAAGCCCGUGGCCAAGUUACUGGGCCUGGCGGGCUUCUUCCCCCUGCACCCCAUGACCGUAACGGAGGCCGAGCGACUAAAGGUCCAGACCACCGACUUGGCAGCCGGGGCUGAGGGGGAAGGUGUGCAGGAAGAGGAACCCAAGCAGCAGAGCGCAUGAGGCUGGGAGCCAGACGCCUUCUGUGGCUCUCCAUUCUGAAAGUAUGAGGGCCUGAACCACACAAGGGUGAUCUCUGGGGUGGAAUGGAUUAUUUUUUUAUGUUAUACUUGUAUAUUUAUGUUGCGUUUUAGAACAAUGCCAUGUAAAAUCAGGUUACCUCUUUUACGUGACUUGAUUAAAAUGGUACAAUAUGAUCCCACGGAUGUCAUCACAACUGUUUUAUUGAAUGUUUGAUAAGAAACCUGAUUAUUUGGUUGGAUUUUUGCCUGUUUAUUUAGAUAUGGGUACAAGGCAAGCAAAACAAAAGUGAGGUCUUCACUCUUUGGAGUUGUAUCUCUACAUACUUCUUGCAGUGAUUGAUUUGAGCCAAAAGAUAAGCUGAUCAAUAAUGUAAACAUCGAAGAGUUUAUCAUUUGAUGUUUAAGAAAAUAAUUUGAAACAAAAUGUUUAAUAAUAGGAGACAUGAAAGUGAUACUUUUGAGUAAUUUGCCAAACAAAGUGAGUAAUGAUCCAGAUGACUUGACAGGUUUGGCAGAAAACCGUGUUCUCCACCCUCCAUUAACAUGCCACUGGAGAAGCAAUUCAUGAGAGAUCAAGGGUAUUUUCAAACUUAGAAAAACUAAUUUUUUGCAAAGAUAUUUCAAUCAUUUUACAAUGCAGUACAGCCCUGGCCAACAAAGCAGCUAUACAGUUUCAAACAACAUCCAACCAAAAAUCAAAUUACAUUCCGUGUCUAAAGCAAAAGUACUUUAUAACGAUGUUUACUUUGUGAAGAUAGUCUUUGAUCACAAAGAACAAUUAAAUUUGUGUAUCAAACUGAGGCGUUCCUUCUUAUGUAUGAUAUAUAACACAGUACUGUGAAUGGAUGAUUCAUGUAAAGCAAAAUAACGCAAAAUAUGUUUUUUAGAAUGUAGAGUAUGUCUACAAUAUAGAAACCAUCAAGUUUAAGUAGCUCAAAAUAGGACUUAUAAAGUGGACAUCAAUAAAAGCACUUUCCAAAUGUCCUUUAUGGCAAUGGUAGCAUUACAGCUGAGUAGAAAAAUAUGAACAGCAUAAUCAUGUUCCAUGUAGCUAAGGAAUGAACCAAUAGACAAAUUACUAUUUAAAUAAUCAACAAGACCAUUGGAAAUGUACAUGGUCCCAUCGGUUAUUUUACUGCUUGCUCAACUUGACAUUUGCUUGGACAUUGACUCAUGUCGGGUUCUCAAUCUAACCUGUCUACGAGUCUGUAAAUACUAGAGAGUUAAUGUUACACCAUUGAUGGCCUUACUGACGAGAAAAGAUCAAGAGUGUACCUCAGGCACACUAUGUAGACAACACUCCUUUCACUGAGGUAAUAGUGCUGUUGGAACUAUGUAUGACGACAGUGAGUCAAGGGUUUAUUGUAUUGCUUUAAAAAAAACCAACCUUUGUUAGAAUAAAUGAAAAUCAGGGAUACACAACUCCUCUUGUUUAUUAAUCUCAAUCUCCUUUGCCUGCUCAAGAAGAACAGGAGUGGAAGGAAUAUAUGCACCAUGACCUUAUUCUGUUAAAGGGAGUUUAAGACCCCUUGGCCACCCUGAGCUACAUAACUGGCCCGAGGCUGUACAAAGAGUGCUGUUAAUAAAGAUAACUAAGUAAACAGUUACCUGUUAUAUCUCAAUCUGACAGAUCAUAUCAUAUCCCCGGAAUACUGGUUUACUGUUUAUCUAACAUAAUUAGACAUACACACCCAAAACAAACAAAUGGAGAAUACAUGCAUUGCACACACACCCAACCAAACCCCAACCCCAACCCUCACAUCAAGGUGUGGGAGUCGACCUUGGCACAUGACAAGGUCCCGUCAUCGUUGUGCUUUGUUCAAGGUGUUUACCGCUCCAGUCUCCCCUGAUCCCAACCUCAGCCUCACACACAAACCUUGAUGCCUCAAAACUCACAUCAAGAGAGAGUAUAGCACACAACAACCAGCAGCAUUAUCUCCCUGACAGGCAUUAGAUAUAGAGAACAUUAGAUACAUGGUAUAUGGUAAGGCUGUUGGAACUUAACCAGCCUACUGAAAAGUAUCAAGUACGUUUCGGAUUUGUUGUGAGGAUAGAGGAUGGAUGGACGUUGAAACAAUCUGAUAAUUAAUUUGUGAGGCAGAUUUAACGAUUGCUCACAUUGCAAUAUGAAGAAGUGGAUUCCCUCUUGGAUCUUCCAUUGGAAGAAAAUCUCUGUCACUGUUAUACUCGUUGCGGUGACAAUUAUAACAGUUGCUGCAUCAGUGGUUUUCGUUCACGGAGAGAGAGGAGGUACAAGCACAGCACCGCGUAGUUCUACCGUGAAUGCAACCAAACUCAACGAAACUGAAUCUUUGACUUCAGAGAAAAUCUUAAGAACCAAGACAGACAGAAAACCCCCGGAUAACACCGGUUCAACUUCUCAGACAAUUGACAAUACAGAGUUUACAUCUUCUAAAGAUGUGAAGAUAACACCAUCAAUGCAAACAAUGGCAAUGGCGGGACAUAAAACAGGAACUGAUGCAAUAAUUACAGCAAUGACUUCAUUCAGCAGUUCUACAAAAACUUCCCCAAUAAAUAAUAUAGAUUCCACAAAAGAAGAACCACGAAAAAAAACAGCAGUAAAAAAUGAUUCUGCAGCCUCACAAUCUUCCUCAACAGCAGUUGAUUCAUUACAAACAUCUGUAGUUAAAACAA